AUGUUUCAGUUGAUAGUUAUAGGCAGCACAGUGCCACUGUUCCCAGGUAAGGGUAGCUCUUCUCUGUUUCUUAAUUCUGCCAACCUGCUUCCUUUCUUACCUUUAGUCUCAACUGCCCUGCUAACAGUCCUCUUAACUCUAGCAGAUAGAAGUCUUUCCUGUCUUUGCUCAAGAGUCUCAGCUACUCUGCGAUCAGCAGACCUAGCUCUGGCUUCCCAAAGCCUAUCCUUUCUUUCUUUUGUUCUUGCAGUCUUUCUUCCUUUUGUUCUUGCAGUCUUUCUUCCUUUUGUUCUUGCAGUCUUUCUUCCUUUUGUUCUUGCAGUCUUUUUUUCUUUUGUUCUUGCAGUCUUUCUUCCUUUUGUUCUUGCAGUCUUUCUUUUUUUUUGUUCUUGCAGUCUUUCUUCCUUUUGUUCUUGCAGUCUUUCUUCCUUUUGUUCUUGCAGUCUUUCUUCCUUUUGUUCUUGCAGUCUUUCUUCCUUUUUGUUCUUGCAGUCUUUUUUUUUUUGUUCUUUUCUUUCUUCCUUUUGUUCUUGCAGUCUUUCUUUUUUUUUGUUCUUGCAGUCUUUCUUCCUUUUGUUCUUGCAGUCUUUCUUUCUUUUGUUCUUGCAGUCUUUCUUCCUUUUUGACUGGGGUAGGCAGCAGUUGGCUAGCUCUCACUCCUCCUUUCCAAGCAUCCCUGUCAAGUGGGCUGAUGUGGGCAAGGCUGCACUUUCACACAUCCCUCCCAAUGCAGUCCUUUCAUGUCUUCCUAGAUCUACCUUGACCUCUGCAAGUGCCAAACAGGAAAAACCUCCUCCAACCAACUACAAUGCAAAAUUUUGUUCCAUGUUGUGGUUUGAAAAUGAGGUUUCAACUCAGGGUUGUGAGGACGAGAUGCAGUUGCUGAAAUUCAGUGGGGACUACAAUUUUGGCCAGAAGAAAUAUCAAAUAGCCCUGGAAAAGUAUGAGCAAGCUCUCAAGCUCCUUCCUGAACACAACAGUUCUAUGUAUCAGGACAUGAUGGAGUCAAUAGCCAGAUGCCAUUUGAAUCUUGGAGACUCAGACAAGGCCAUUAUGACUGCCAACAAAUUGUAUGUAAAAGCUGUGAUUCCUUCUCAUCGUACACGCCAUCUUGUUUUAUUGGAACAUAUUUAUUCAACUUGUGGCCAUAUUGAAGGUCACAAGACAGCUCUUCAGAAACUGUUACUGCUGCACCCAACUAAUAUUCAGUAUUGGAUUGCCUUGGCAUCCUGCUACUCACAGACUGGUUCAUCAUCUUCCAUCUCAGAAGAAUUCUCCAAUAUGUUCAUAUCAGCACCUGCUUUCUAUAAGCAAUUAAUUUGUCUACUCCGAGCCAGAUGUUUGUUGAAGUACAGCAUCAAAACGACAUCUUCAUUUGUCAAGAAACGGCAUGAGAUAUUAUUAAAGAAAGUUGAUUCUGACAUUGGACUUUUGAAUCCAGAAGAUUCUCUUAUUGCCAAAGUUACUGAGUUUAUAACACAAGACCUUGGUACACAGACUGAGUUACCAAAUUCAGAUGAAGGUGAAAGAACAGAGCAAAUGGAUUCAAAAGAACAGCCUGUGGAAGAAAAUGAUUUUGAACUUAUGAUUGUACACAACUUUUUUAUAGAUAACAAAAAAAUGAUACCAUCUUCAGUGUUGUUGAUAUUCCCAUUGAUUAAAAAAAACAAAAAAAACUCAUCUAUCUAUCCCACUCUGUUCAUAUCUAUCUAUCCCACUCUGUUCAUAUCUAUCUAUCUAUCUAUCUAUCUAUCAGCGCAUGACUGUGUGGUUAGAAUGUUCGCUUUCUAA